AUGGGCAGAGGUGUAAGCCUGGAGGGCUGGUGGAUCGGGGGAUCUGAGGGCGGACGCUGGCUGCCCAGAGUCAUGAACUCGGCGGCCGCGCCUGUCCUGUGGGAGGCGCCCAAAUUAGCCUUCCAGCGCCUGCCUGAUAGGCGGCCAGGCGCCAGUCCGGCCGGUACCGAGGUGACCUGGAUACCGUACGGAACAGGACGUAACGGGGCCGCGGGCGGCUGGGACGGCGCCGAGUGGCAAAAAUACAGAGUGACACGAUCGCCGCCGGCCUCUGCUGCGGAUGUCGUGGUCGUCUCCUGCCGCAAUUAUGGGCAGCGACAUGUCCCUAGUCCCAAGCCUGGAAACGACUAUUACUGCUCUAAAAAUACUGUGGAUCGAAUCUCAUGCAUCUCAGUACAACAGCAUCGCAUGCUGUCUGUGGAUGUUACACGGCGAUCAUGCCUGCUCUCCCUGCCGAAUUUAUUUAAUUACAGGUACUCUGUACCCCCAGUUAAAGAUUUAGAUAUGUCCUAUCUGGCUCCCACCCAGGAUUCGCUGCCAAUGGCUUCGGCCCCAUCCACUUUCACCCAGGACGAAAUUUCGGCACCAAAACCGAUCCCUGCAUUUUACUGCUGCUAUCUCCUGCGUUCCACGGUCAGUCAUGCCUCGCUGUAUGUUGGGUCGACGCCCAACCCUGCCCGACGGCUGGCGCAGCACAACGGCGUCGCCAAAGGCGGGGCAAAACGGACCGCGCGAGACAAGCUGAGACCGUGGGAGAUGGUGGUACUUGUGGAAGGCUUCAUGAGCCGGAUUGCGGCUUUGCAGUUUGAAUGGUCAUGGCAGAACCCAGGGGAUUCUCGCCAUAUAGAAUCGGACGAAGACUCCUCGGGUCAUGCGUCAAAUGUCCCUAUUGACCCUCCGACAGGGACAGGGAAGCGAGGUGGCCGGCGCCGCAAGGCCAGGUCAUUGACCAGGCAUCUCGCGGAUCUCCAUUUAUUACUGCGCUCUCCUUACUUUUCAAGAUGGCCAUUGACUGUGCGGUUCCUCUCUGAGGACGUUUACCGCGUAUGGAGGGGAUGGUCAGAACGGGUCGAUGGCCUCCUCCCUGACAAUAUAGAGGUCAAGCUGGAUACGACACCUCAAUAUGCUGACGUGAACGCCCCUCUUCGGGCAAAUGGUGUCGCUCACAUCGAUGUUACUUACAAUGAUAUGAAAGAGCACUUGGAAAAAGCAAUGUUUCUGUUGGAUGACUCCGAAACCCUAUUGUGUGGCGUUUGCAGGGAACAAUUGGUAUUGCAGGAUGACUUGGUAGUGGUGUGUCCACGGACGGACUGUCGCUGCGCGGCUCACAUGGUCUGUCUAUCUAGACACUUUCUAAACGAUGCGGGGGAGUCUAACCAAUUUAUACCCACUUCUGGUACCUGUCCUGCUUGCCAGUCCACUGUCACAUGGUCCUCAUUGAUGAAGGAGCUGAGUCUGCGACUCCGCGGUGAAAAAGAGACCCAGAAUAUCUUCAAAACAAAGCGCAUGAGAAGAUUGAACCCAGGAAGCAGGAGCGCCGAUCGAGACAAGAAUUGUGUCGACUAUCCUCAUGACCAGCAAAAUCUCCCCGAUCGAUCUGUGAGCACAGAUACGACAAACAGUAUCCAGGCGGAUGAUGAUGAUGAUGAUGGAGUGAGUCCUGAAGACGAUUUAUACAACGAAUACGACCAGGAUGAGUUACUUCUAGACGAGAAUUGGAUAGAGGAGGUAGACGUGGAGUCUGAUUCUGAUCCCACCGACAACCAAGCGGAACUCAAGCCAGCACAGUCCAGAGUCGAGAUAGUAAUCGAGGACAGCGAUUGGGAUGAUGUGGAGAUUGUGGAAUGA